AUGGACGUGUUGGCUGUUCCUGCAGACAGACGUAAAGGAUGGUACCUUUCUCUAAUGGCACCCAACACAAAAGGACCAACGUUUGCCUGGCUGGACCCGUCCAGACUUUACUGCAACUCACAGGCUCUUGCAGACUGCGUCAAAGACCUUCUCAGUCCAUUCCACAACGACACCAUUGACCUGGUUGCUGGGAUAGAUGCAAUGGGAUUCAUUCUUGGGGCGUCUGUUGCCACCACCCUGGGAAAAGGUUUCCUGGCUGUCCGCAAAGCAGGACACCUAUGUGUCGCAACCCAAAGCCAAAACUACUCCGACUACACAGGCACAGAAAAGACUAUGGAAGUAAGAGUGGAUCUGCUAAAACCAGGUAUGAGGGUGCUGCUAGUGGACCAAUGGAUAGAGACUGGAGGCACAAUGAAGGCUGCCGUCCAGCUGCUGGAGAGGCUGGGAGCCACUGUUGUAGGUGUAGCAGCCGUGGCCAUCGAGAACACCGAAGGAGGAAAGUGGCUUAAAGAAAAUUACAAAUUCUCUCACUGCAUCCCAGAGGAGCUCCAGAGCCACAUUGACCAGAAGUGUCUCGAGUCCCUCAAAAUUAAACUGAGCAACACCACAAGAAUCCACAUCCCACAGAGGAAAACUCUCUCCAGGCCAGGAAAAACUGAACUCAAAGAUGUCAGGAAGUUCUACUCCGGCGUCCCUCCUCCAGCUCUGACCACAGAAAAUCCCUCCCAUGAGCUGGAGAGCAGCCACAGUCUUUUUCCACUGAGAAAAAUCCUCACUUUCAGUCUGCACCUUUGA